UGGAGCCAUGCUGGCAUGGUCCUUUGAGGACUUGGCUACAACCCCAUUGCCCCCAGGGUGGCCUGGAGCCCUGGACUGUACCAGCCGCUGGACGGAGGAGCUCCCUGGCUGAGGCCCAGGAGGGUGGCAGAGCAAAGGAGGAAUGGACUGUGGGCCACCCGCAACCCUCCAGCCUCACCUGGCUGGACCACCUGGCACUGCCCGCCGCCCGGUAGCUGUGUGCCAGCAGGAAAGCCUGUCUUUCGUGGAACUGCCCUCUCUGCAGCCCCCAAGCCCAGUGUGUGUGGAUCUUUUCCCCAUUGCGCCUGAGGAGCUUCAAGCUCCUGGUAGUCGUUGGUCCCUGGCGACCCCUGCCCCUCUCCAAGGACUGUCAUGGCCACCUUCCCCAGGAAGCCCAGAUUCCCAUAUCUCCAGCAGUGGAGGAAUGAGACCCAGCAGGGCUGGCAGCUGGCCCCACUGUCCUGGUGCCCAGCCCCCAACUCUGGUGGGACCCUGGAGCUCCCAACACAUGCAGCCCCAGCGCAGGGCCAGCCAUGGUGGCUCAGAGAAGAAGUCAGCCUGGCGCAAGAUCCAGGUAUAUCAUAAUGAAGAGGCCACUGGUGGCACCGAGACCGCCAUGGGUCUUCUAGAGACUGGCCAGGCUACACAUGAGCAGGCUCUAUGUGCGGAAGAGCCCAGGCCACAGGAACUUUCCAGAAGCACCAGAGUGGGCCUUGAGGCUCAGGAGCGAAGGCGCUUCUCAGCCUCCGAACUGAUGACGAGGCUUCACUCAUCUCUGCGCCUGGGUCGCACGGCCACCAGGGCCCUGACCUCGGGGUCAGGUGCUGGAAUCACCCGAGAAGGGAAACUGCCUGUGAGGGAAUCCCGAAGAGCGGAGAUGAGGGUGGACAGUGUGUCGCUGCCAGCACCUGCUGACCCAAAUGAGGUCCACGAUGGUCUACUGGAGCCCAGGCUGGACACGCAUGAAAAACCCUCUCAGGAUCCCAGCAGCGCCACCGAGCGGCGCCAGUCCCGCUUCCUCCUUAACUCUGUCCUCUACCAGGAGUACAGCGACGUGGCCAGCGCGCGCGAGUUGCGGCGGCAGCAGCGCGAGGAGGAGGGCCCUGGGGACGGGGCGGAGGGCGCGGAGGAGGGGCCCGGGCCACCACGCGCCAACCUUUCCCCGAGCAGCUCCUUUCGCGCGCAGCGCUCUGCCCGAGGCUCCACCUUCUCGCUGUGGCAGGACAUCCCCGACGUGCGCGGCAGCGGCGUCCUGGCCACGCUGAGCCUGCGCGACUGCAAACUGCAGGAGGCCAAAUUUGAGCUGAUCACCUCGGAGGCCUCCUACAUCCAUAGCCUGUCGGUGGCUGUGGGCCACUUCUUAGGCUCCGCGGAGCUGAGCGAGUGUCUGGGGACUCAGGACAAGCAGUGGCUAUUUUCCAAACUGCCCGAGGUCAAGAGCACCAGUGAGAGGUUUCUUCACGACCUGGAACAGCGUCUAGAGGCCGACGUGCUGCGCUUCAGCGUGUGCGAUGUCGUUCUGCAGCACUGCCCUGCCUUCCGCCGGGUCUACCUGCCCUACGUCACCAACCAGGCCUAUCAGGAGCGCACCUACCAGCGCCUCCUCCUAGAGAACCCCAAGUUUCCCGGCAUCCUGGCCCGCCUAGAAGAGUCUCCCGUGUGCCAGCGGCUGCCUCUCACCUCCUUCCUCAUCCUACCCUUCCAGAGGGUCACCCGCCUCAAGAUGCUGGUAGAGAACAUUUUGAAGCGGACAGCACCAGGCUCCCAAGAUGAGGACAUGGCCACCAAGGCUUUCAGUGCACUCAAGGAGCUGGUGCAGGAAUGCAAUGCCAGCGUGCAGUCCAUGAAGAGGACUGAGGAACUCAUUCACCUGAGUAAGAAGAUCCACUUCGAGGGCAAGAUCUUUCCACUGAUCUCACAGGCCCGCUGGCUGGUGAGGCACGGGGAGCUGGUGGAAUUGGCCCCCCUGCCGGCCGCACCGCCUGCCAAGCUGAAGCUGUCCAGCAAAGCCGUGUACCUUCACCUCUUCAAUGACUGCCUGCUACUGUCCCGGAGGAAAGAGCUCGGGAAGUUUGCUGUUUUCGUCCAUGCCAAUAUGGCUGAGCUGCAGGUUCGAGACCUGAGCCUGAAGCUACAGGGCAUCCCAGGUCAUGUGUUCCUGCUCCGGCUGCUGCAUGGGCAGCGUGCCAGGCACCAGCUGCUGCUGAGAGCGCGUACUGAAAGUGAGAAGCAACGAUGGAUCUCAGCCUUGCGCCCAUCCAGCCCCCAGGAGGACAAGGAGGUCACCUGUGAUGGAGAAGACCGCCCCCAGGUCCAGUGUGUGAGGACCUAUAAGGCCCUGCAGCCGGAUGAAUUGACUUUGGAGAAGACAGACAUCCUGGCAGUGAAGACCCGGACCAGUGAUGGCUGGCUGGAGGGUGUGCGCCUGGCAGAUGGUGAAAAGGGGUGGGUGCCGCAGGCCCAUGUGGAGGAGAUCAGCAGCCUCAGCGCUCGACUUCGCAACCUCCGAGAGAACAAGCGGGUGACCAGUGCCAGCAGCAAGCGGGAGGACCCUCCUGCCUGACGCUCCCCUGGGGCCCUACUGGGUCCCUUUCCCUGCUGUGGGCUUCUGUGUGUCUGGAGGCUUCUCUAUAGGCACUGGGUGAUAACAGUUCUGUAAAUAAGCCCUGGCUGCCUCUGCUUGAUGUCUGACCCCAGGGCCUUUGCACUGACUUCUCUGCCUGGGGAGCUCUGUCCCAUCAGGAGGGUGUUGCCUGAUCUCGCUGUCACCUGUCUCCAGGUGCCCCGAGGGCAGAGGAGCCUGUGUCUACCUGCUACUUUCCCCUCCGAGUAGCAAAGUGUCAAAUCCAAGCAGGCUUGAAUAUUAAAAUGACUCCAUGAGUUUUUGUACUUGCCUCUUGCCGCUUGUGCUAAGAAAGCACCACCAGCUGGGCGGGCCUUGACCACUGCAGCUCCGAGGCCGGGGUUUAAAGUCCACCUGGGGUCCCAGGAGAGAGUUGUUCUUUGCCUCUGUGUGCUUGGUGGUUGCAGUGAACUGCACCCGCAGCCGGACCCCAGGCCCACUCCAUGUUCUCUGCCUCCUGCUGUGAGCCUAUGGCUACAUUGGAGUCCACCUGGACCAUCUUGCCAUCGCAGUCUUGGCAAAACCAUCUGACCCCACACUUCUCCCAUGUU